AUGAUGCGUCCAGUGCAUUCCCCUUGGGCCUGGAUCUCAGCACUCCUGAUGUCAGCUCUGAUCAUGGGAGACCCAGAUCUGAGAGGCCAGAAGAAGGGGUCCAGCCUGGGGAACCAGGCUUGCCAGGAAUAUAGGAACCGCCAGCAAACUGGGAGUGGACAUCAGGUGGAGAGCCGUCAGGACGAUAAAGUCGAUCGCGAUAAUGAGAGUCGAAUCUUAAAUGGCAGAGACUGUGAACCCCAAACCCAACCCUGGCAGGCAGCUUUGUUUCUGAAACCAGAAAGCCUCUUUUGUGGGGCAGUGCUGGUUCAUCCCCAGUGGGUGCUCACUGCUGCACAUUGCCAGAAACCGUCCUAUGUUGUUUUACUGGGCCGGUAUCAUCUCCAUGGUUUUGAGGCAGGCCAGAAGAUUCUCCGUGGCAUCCAGUCCUUCCCCCACCCCAACUAUACCCGGCCAGCUCACUCUAAUGAUCUCAUGCUAAUAAAAUUGAACCAAAAGGUCUUGGACACAAAAGGCAUCAAACCCAUCAAUAUCUCAACUCAGGCCCCAACUGCUGGGGCCGAGUGCCUCGUCUCAGGCUGGGGGACCACCAGCAGCCCUCAAGUCCACUAUCCUCAGGUCCUGCAGUGUCUUGACAUCAAGAUCCUGUCUCAGGAGGCCUGCCAGAAGGCCUACCCUGGGGAGAUCAAUUCUAGCAUGUUCUGUGCUGGAGAUGAAGAGGGCAGGGACUCUUGUCAGGGUGACUCUGGGGGCCCUGUGGUCUGCAAUGGAACGCUGCAGGGACUGGUAUCCUGGGGAGAUGUUCCCUGUGGAAAGCCCAACAGGCCUGGGGUCUACACCAACCUCUACCCAUUCAACAAGUGGAUCAAAGACACCAUCAAAAACAACUGA